AUGGAACCAGAGCCGUCCAUUACCGCUCUCCUCAAGGCUAUCACAGCCCUCACAGCCACAGUCAGGUCCCUACAGGACCAAAUUAGAUUGCAAGGCCAACAGCUCAUUGAGCUCAAGGCCAUAUGCAAGGAGACUGCUGACCUACUUGGUGACAAGGACCAAGGAACCCAAGCCCAGCCUGGCCCAUCAACUGGGCCUGUUACCCCCCCCACUCACACAGGCGGAGAAACCCACACUCCAGGCACGGUUAGGCCUGGACUCAAGGCCCCAUUCAGGCCAGGAAGGGGUACAGGAUACAAUUCAGAGGACAAGGAACCCAGAAGGGAACCCAAAAAGGAGCCUCAAGGAACGCCUAGGAGGCACCUUGGCUCCCUCACCCCAUUUGACUCAGGGUCCUUGGUAAAGCGGCCCAAAAUGGAACUCCCUGACCCCUACAAGGGGGAUACAAGGGGAUGCAAAGCCACUCAGUGGCUUGAUAGGAUGCUCCUUUGGGUUGCCCUCCACUGCAACCAAUUCAACAAGGAAGAGCAAAUGGUUGUGUGGAUCCUCUACCACAUGACUGACAAAGCCACCAACUGGGCUCUCCCUAUUAUUGGGACCAUCAUUAAGGGCAAGGGGAACCCUCCAACCACCAUCCUGGCCUUAACAGCCAAAUUCAAGGAAGCGUUUGCCAACCCCAACGCCAAAUGGGCCCCUGCUAGGAAAAUAGCAGCACUCUCCCAAACCACCACCACCUCCAAGUACGUAACAGAGUUCUGCAACCUCAUGGCAGAGCUUGACUGGAACAAGGAGGCCUACAUUGCGCAGUUCAUGCAAGGCCUCCACUGGAAGGUUAAGGAACUGUUAUCAACAAAGGAUAACAUUCCUGACAAACUCAAAGCAAUUUUUGCGGCUUCAAUCAAAAUAGACAACACUUGCUGCAAAAACAAGGAGAAUUGGCCCAAAAAGGCAGGCAAGCCCUGGUCACCACAACCACCACCUCUACCACCACCACCACUACCAGGGUCUGCCUAUUGGAAGACCCCAACUACAUCACCCCAGAGGAGAGGGAUUGUUGCCGCGCUGCUGGCCUCUGUGUCAAAUGCAGUCAGAAGGGACAAGGGAUCAAGCAGUGCCCCAACAGUUGGAAAGCCACAAUCAAGGAAGUGGCCAAAGUAG